UUAGUUUAUGAUCCAUAAGCGAUCUUUAUUCGUUAGUAAUCUCUGUGGAUCAACUCGGAGGGGGGGGGGUCUUCGUUGGGGCAGAAAGAACCGGAGUCUGACCCGAAUAUGACGCCGAGGAUUUGGUCGUCCUAACAGCCGAACUGGACUCACUCUGGGGUUUGUUAUUGAAUUAUUGUAGGCGGCGAGCUGGAGGAGGCAGGAGCGGAGUAACCCAUGUGAGGUUCGAGUCCCGCUCAGUCUGAUUAGGGCUGCUCGGAACCAGCUGUACCGGAUCCUGGAGCACAGGUCACCUGUACAGAUUACACCCACCUUCCAUCUACCAUGAGCUCCCGGGUGUGUAAGACUUGUGGAGGGGGUGACAUUGACGUGGACCAAGCCCGGGGGAGCGCCGUGUGCACCAGCUGUGGUUCUGUUCUAGAGGACAACAUCAUCGUCUCAGAGGUCCAGUUUGUGGAGGGCAGUGGAGGCGUGUCUUCUGCUGUGGGACAGUUUGUGUCUGCUGAUGGUCCAGUCAAAGCUCCCCUGCUUGGUUCUGGGUUCCACACCAGUGUUGGGAAGGAGUCUCGUGCUCAGACCCUGCAGAAUGGUAAGCGUCAGAUCCAGAAGCUUGGCAGCCAGCUUCAGCUCAACCAGCACUGCCUGGACACGGCCUUCAACUUCUUCAAGCUGGCGGUCAGCAAGCAUCUGACACGAGGACGCAAGACGGAGCAUGUCAUUGCCGCCUGCCUCUACCUGGUGUGUCGCACAGAGGGGACGCCUCACAUGCUGCUGGACCUGAGCGACCUGCUGCAGGUGAAUGUUUACGUCCUGGGAAAGACAUUUCUGCUGCUGGCUCGAGAGCUGUGCAUCAACGCGCCCGCCAUCGACCCCUGCCUGUACAUCCCUCGCUUUGCUCACAUGCUGGAGUUUGGGCUGAAGACUCACGAGGUUUCCAUGACAGCUCUACGCCUCCUUCAGAGGAUGAAGAGAGACUGGAUGCACACAGGGCGGCGUCCUUCUGGACUGUGUGGUGCAGCACUCCUGGUGGCCGCUCGAAUGCACAAGUUUCGUCGUUCAGUGAAGGAUGUGAUCAGUGUGGUGAAAGUCUGCCACACCACCUUGAGGAAGAGGUUGACAGAGUUUGAGGACACGCCCACUAGUCAGCUGACAAUUGAUGAGUUCAUGCGGGUGGAUCUGGAGCAGGAGUGUGACCCCCCCUCCUACACUGCUGGACAGCACAAAGUAAAGAUGCUGCAGCUUGAGCAAGAGCUCACCAAGAAGCUGGAUGAGGUAGAAGGAGAAAUCAGCUGCUACAAAGAUGAGAUUGAGAAUGAGCUGGAGAAAAGUCGUCCUAAACUUAGAGGCAUCUACGCUGCCUACUCCAAAGAAAUAGCCCCUGAGAAUGAAGAGGCGCUCUCGUCAACCUCUGAGGAGGCAGACGGGGAAGACAUGGAGCUCCAGGCGGCCAGUGAGCACCUGACACAGGACUUCCUGUCCCAAGUAAUCCAGGAGGUGAAUGAGAGGCAAGACAAGAGGCAAGGUUCCUGCAACCCCGAGGUGGAGUCAGAGAACAAGGUCACCCACCUGUCCACCAUCCAGGAAACACUGCUGAACACUGCCAGCCUGUGCCUCCAGGAAACCUUUCACACCUUGGAGAAUUCAGGGAUGGAGAACAAAGUGGACAACCCCAUGGAGCCAAGCGGAGAGCUGGACCUGGAAGGCAUUGACGAUCAGGAGAUCGAGAAGUACAUCCUGAACGAGAAGGAGGUGGAGGUGAAGACAGGGCUGUGGAUGAAACAGAACGCAGAGUAUCUGCAGGAGCAGAAAGAGAAGGAGGAGAGGAUCAACAAGGAGAAGGAGCAGGGUAUCUACAAAGAAAAGCAGAAAAAGAAAUAUCGGAAGCGGGAGCAGAUUGAGGCAUCAACUGCAGAGGAAGCCAUUGAGAAAAUGCUGGAGAAGAAAAAAAUCUCCAGUAAGAUCAACUACGAUGUUCUCAGAGACUUGAACACAGGGGCUGGAAGUCCCAGCCCUUUGUCCCCCGACCCGCCCAAAGGCUCUUCUGCUCAGAAACGACUCAGUCGCCGUCGCCGCAGGAAGACCAGCGACACCAACCAAGACCUGGCUGCUAACGCCACCAUCAUGGGGAAGAGGUUCCGCCACCUAAUCUCCACAUCACCAAAGAAGAAGACACCUGCUCAGUCCAUUCAGGUUGAACCCGCGGUCACCAUAGCAACACAUUCAACGGAGCCACCUGAUAGCGUUCCAGAUGCAGGCUUCACCCCUUCAGCUGCUCUACCGCCUGCAGAGGAAGAUGAAGAAGAAGAGGAAGAGGAGGAGGUGGAGAAAGAAUGUGUCAGUGCCCUGCAGCUCGUAGGAGAUUAUGGCUGUGAGGCAGAGGAGGAAGAGGUAUUUUAGCCCCGCCCCCUGAGCCCCCCCACUGUAGGAAUAAUCUCCGUCCAGGCUGAGGAUACUGCAGGGGUCAAAGUUCAAGUGUCCAAAAAUGUUUUCCAUUUUCUGAUGAACUGGUUUUAAUCGGAUUUUAUUCUGAAUCAAGCGUUUAUUUCAUGUUAUAUUUGAAUGUAAAUUGAAAACAAAAACGUACACAUACACAGUGUGUCUUCAGUGUGUUAGAACCCACCAGAACAUUCUUUCAGAAACCAGAAAUGAAGCUGAUAAUCAUUUUUUAAUCAGACUCCACGCUUUUAAAGCAGACUAAGUCAGAGAAGAGGGUUGCUGGUUUCACCUUUUAAAUGCAGGGACCCUCUGCUGAGAUGUUCUGAGAUGUUCAAGCGACACUUCUUAGAUAUUAAAAAAGAAAGGAUUUGUAGAAAAAAUAAAUGUACAGAAAUGUUGAAAUA